CAGGCUUCUUCUCAGUACUCAGUACUCAGUAACCAGGCCUGCUCAAAUUCACUCCAAACACAUACUUUGGACCGUCAUAAUAAAGAAUGAAACAGAGAGAGAAGAGUUGUAUUUAGAGCCAUUAUCCGCGUCCAUUCAAAAUAAGAGCCGCUAACCGUGUCAUGAACUCAUUAUGUUCGCUAAACUAUGUUGAGUUUGCGUAAACAUGUAAUCUUGUGCAUCACCUCUGGAGAACCUAUAAAGCCUAUAAAGUCUCGUUCAAUCUUUCAGAGUUUAUCUCUUCUCGCGUUCGUCGCUUGUUAUCUAGUCCUUCGAGCCUCCGCGGGGUCUGCGCGUACACUACCUGGUCCCGGUUCAUACCCUAUCAUCGGCAACAUCUUAUCUCUUCCAAUCCAGAACCCAUGGUUGACUUUCACCAAGUGGAAGGUUAUCUUCGGUGAUGUCGUACAUCUUCGCGGCCUUCGACAAUCAAUCAUCAUUCUAAAUUCGAAGCAAGCCAUGGAUGAUCUUCUCGACAGAAGGGGCGCCAUAUACUCUAAUCGACCACAGUUUACUGUCGUCGAAAUGAUGGGUCUAGAUAGGGGAAUGCCCCUGUUACAACAUAAUGACACAUGGCGCCUCCAACGAAAGCUUGCAAAGACAGCUCUUAACAAUGAUGCGGUCAAAGAGUACGAGGACACACAAGCUGAAGUUGCAGCCAUGAUGUGCCUCUCCCUCUUGACGGAUCCGACGCAUUUUCGGGAACACAUUCGGCUUGCUGCGGGAAGAAUAAUCAUUUCUAUAACUUACGGGCUUCCUGUCUCUGAUGCGCAACACAGACUUAUAACCGAGAUGGACAAAAUUGUGCCAAUGCUCAGUGAUGCUACUAUGCCUGGUACUUUUAUUGCAGAUUUAUUUCCGAUCUUUAAAAAUCUCCCGGACUGGGUGCCGUUCAUGUCCUUUAAAAAGGAAGCUAAAAAAAUACGCGCUAUAGUUGACCGCCUGGGGGAAAUUCCAUUCGCUCAGGUGCAAAAAGAAAUGGCAGCGGGAACUGCACAAGUUUCUUUCACUCAAAAACUUCUAGCAAAUCGCUCAGGUGAAGAUGACGAGUCCCAAUAUAAUGAUGCGGUUAAGUGGUCAGGAGGGUCAAUGUAUGGUGCUGGAGGAGAAACAACGCAUACAUCUGUUCUGGUGUUUCUUAUUGGCGUGAUGCAGAACCCCGCUGCACAGAAAAAAGCACAAGAUGAGCUUGACGAAGUGAUCGGGAAGGAUAGGAUGCCUACUCUUGAAGAUCGAGCACAACUGCCCUACGUCGAUGCUAUUAUAAAGGAAAUCAUGAGGUGGAGACCCGCAUUCCCGUUAGGUAUCCCUCGUCGCGUGGAUAAAGACGACGAAUACGCUGGAUAUUGCAUACCGGCCGACUCUAUAAUCAUCCCGAAUGUCUGGGCGGUAGCUAUGGAAGUUCCAUCCGGCACAAAGUAUCCAGCGGCAGAUUUUGCUCCCGAACGAUUCUUGGAAGAGCAUCCCCCCGUCGAUCCCGCCUUGUAUGCGUUUGGUUUCGGUAGACGGGUUUGUCCAGGACGACUUUUGGCGGAAAACUCUAUCUUCCUUCUCGUAACGUCCAUCCUGUACUGCUGCACAAUUUCAACACCUUCGAAUCAUGGCCAGAAGCACUCAGCUGAAGCAAUUGAGUUCAGUACCACUGGUCUUGUUAGUCAUCCCAUGCCUUUUUCAUGCCGUAUCGAACAGAGGUCUGCAGAUCGUUUUGAUGUUGUCAAACGGGCAGUUUCAAGAUACACAUGAUUGUAUCUUGGAUUUAUUUACGUGGUCUUAUCGUAACACAACACCCUACUCUUCACAAAAUAUAGCGAUUUAAUUCAAAAUACAGUAUGAGCGAAAUCAACGGAGUCAAGUACCCAUUGAAGACUAU